ACAGCGACAAGUUUAUCAUGCAGUCAUACUUGCAGCGUUACUAUCACAUUAACAAGAUCUUGAUGUCGUGGGUCGGUACCUGGCCUUAUCAAAACAGGACCAUAAGGAUUUUGAUACUGAGCACGCUUGUGGUAACUGCUGUCAUCUUUAAUAUAGCGGGGGUAAUACGAAUGGUCAACACUUGGGGUAACAUUGAUAUCGCAGUCGAAUGGGUUAUUAACUUGAUAGUUUUUUUCGGCUGCUUCAUAAAAUUGUUCAACCUUAAUUUUAAUAUUAAGAAGCUACAACACUUGUUUACCCUGAUUGAAUAUCAUUGGCACGUACUUACCGAUUCCAUAGACGUGGAGAUCAUGCAAAAUUACGUUACACUCGGAAGAAAAGUGGUAAUAUUUUAUGCAACUUACAUUUUUACAACGGCAUUAUUAUUCAUGUUAUUACCAUUGACGCCGCUGAUCAUGGACAUUGUGAUGCCUCUCAACGAAAGUCGGCCACGAAAGUUACUGUUCGAAGUUGAGUACUAUGUAGAUCAGCAAAAAUAUUAUUAUCUCUUGUUAUUACAUUCCUAUAUGGUCGGUCUAAUACAUGCAUCGAUUAUGGUGAGCGUUGACACUACAUAUAUAACAUACGUGCAGCACGGCUGCAGUUUAUUCGCAGUCAGUGGGUAUCGAUUAAAGCAUAUCGUUUCAAAAGAACAUAUUAGUAGAACAAGCUAUGUCGUAAAAAGCAAAGGAAGAAUACGUCAGGACAUAGAAGCCGAAAAUAUUUGUUUCAAAGAGAAAGCAAUUUUCUCCGAAUUUGUUGCAUGUUUGCGAAAACAUCAACUCGCAAUAGAGUAUGCUGGCGUGUUAGAAUCUUCCUUCUCAAAAGCAACAGCUUUGUUAUUGUUAAUUAACAUGAUAGGUAUAAGCUUUAUGGGGAUUCAAGUAAUCAGUAACCUUAACAACACCAAGAAUGCCGUUAGGUAUAGCUGUUUGUGUUUAGCAGCGUUUAUCCAUCUUCUGAUCAUGUCACUGCCAGGGCAAAGACUGAUGGAUCACAGUUUAGAUGUGUUCAAUAACAUUUGUAGAUCACAUUGGUACGAAUUUUCAUUAAAAACCAAGAAAAUGUUGCCGACGUUACUUUAUAGAAGUAACAUACCAUGCACAUUGACUGCUAGUAAAGUAUACGUAAUGUCGAUGGCCAAUUAUGGUAUGGUGGUCAAAACUGCUAUGUCCUACUUCACGGCAUUCUCUAGUCUGCAAGUGCUACUAUUAUACGACACUUGGGGUGACUUGAACAUUGCUGUGGAUUGUUUAGUUAAUUUUGUUAUUAUUAUUGGUGGUACCAUAAAAUUAACUAAUAUUGUUGUAAAUAAUAACAAAGUGAGUUAUCAAAUUCAUACCGCUAAUGUACAUUUGUUGUUAUCAUUCUUUUUUUGCAUUGUUGACCAGUUUCGACGACUGUUGCAACACAUGAGUGAACAUUGGGAGCUUUUUAAUAGCGAAUUCGAGCAGCAUAUUUUGAGAUAUUAUGCUAAUAUUGGUCAAAAAAUAAGAAGUUAUUAUGGAGUAUAUGUUAUUGUGGCUUUGACGUUGUACUUGUCAAUGCCAUUGGUACCAAGAAUCUUGGACGUUGUAAUUCCAUUGAAUGAGUCGAGGCCAUUAAUGUAUGUGUAUGAGGCGGAAUACAGAGUAGACAAAGAAAGAUAUUAUUAUCCAAUUUUGUUUCAUUCUUGUGUUGCAACUUCAAUUACAGCAAUAAUUUUGUUCACCGUCGAUACUACGUAUAUAAUGUGUGUAUUGCAUGCUUGCAGCUUAUUUACAGCUGUCAGCCAGCGACUUGAAAAUAUAACUGGCAAGACAGACAUUAAAUCUGACGAUAAUGAAAACAUUCAAAUAGAGAUGUAUUAUCAUGUAUUCAUGGAAAAACGUGGUUCUAUCGGGAAUAAUUAUCGUGAAUUGAUAAUGUGCUUGAAAAAACAUCAACUUGCAUUAGAACACGCUGAGAUAUUAAACUCUAUGUUCACUGAUGUGACAUUUGUUCUUUUAUUUACGAAUAUGUUGAUUCUGAGUAUAAUUGGAAUACAACUUAUCAAUAACAUUAAGAAUACUGGAGAGAGUAUAAGAUACAUUUGCAUACUUUUUGGUGUGUUUCUUCAUCUUGCAUGUAUGUGUAUUCCUGGGCAAUUGCUGAUAAACCACAGCAUAGAAAUUUUUGAUAAAGCAUACAAUUUAAGAUGGUAUACAUUUUCUAUAGAAACCAGAAGAUUAUUGACAAUGCUCCUUUACAGAAGUCUUAUUCCAUGCAAACUCACGGCUGGAAAAUCAUUUGUUAUGUCUAUAACUAUGCUCAGUACGAUGAUACGAACUGCCAUGUCAUAUUUUACGACUUUUUUAUCCAUGAGAUAAGGAAGCUAUUACAAUUAUGUAUACCUCUUCCUAAAAUUAUCAUAUUUAGAAAAGUCGUUAGAGAAAACAGUCAUUGUAUUAUAUUAAAUCUGAUUGUAAUUAUUAUAACUAGGCGAUAUUAUAUCUAACAUAAAAAGUAUGUAACCUAUGGCCGACGAGAAAAGCUAAAAAAAUGUUUUCUAGCAUAAAUUAAAAAAUUAUAGAAAUGUUUAAAUAUUGUAGAUAUAUUUCUUGAUAUGUGCAUUUACUGUGUUUACUACUUUCGUUUGCUUUGUAAAAGAUUCAUAAUUUUAAUGUAUCUUAUAUAAUUUUUUUUCUCUUGCGUGAUUCUCUUACGUGUAGCAAGUCAUUACGAAGCAAAGGUAGUAUCUCUCUUCAAUCGAUUAAACAAUCUUUCCUAAAUAAAAUUGAAACGUUUCUGUCUGGAAUUAUCAUAAUAAUUAUUUACUAUCCCUCUACACUUUUUUGUGUAUCACAAACUAGCUUUUUACAUCUUACCUUAUAGGAAAAGCAAAUAUUAUUUCUGUUUGCGUUGUUUAAAAUCUCCCAAAAAUUUUUUUUUGAAAAUAGAAAAUUUGUUAAUUUUAAGUUUGUCAUUGAAUUAGAUGUAUCAAAUUUAGUCUGAAAAUUUAGAUUUAUCGACCUUAGAAACUAAAGGAUACAUUUUACGUUUGAAUUAAAUUAGAGGCAAAUAUGUUCAAUUGCAAAAGUACAUAUAUAUAACACGUAUAUGUACUAUCACGCUUCAAAAAGUUAAAGGCAUAUGACAAUCAAUGGAGAAUACACUAUAGCUAGAAAAAAAACUAUUAUAAGGACUGAGUCGUACAAUUAUUGUUGCAAAAAAUGUUCAUAAUUUUAAAAUAAAUUAAUACACACAUUAUAAGAAUACGUUAUCUUUUAUCGAUAACUUAUACGUUUGGCGUUCAGCAUUAAGUUUCUUGAAGAAACGAAAGACAUUUAACACAAAUCGAUACGGUCUGAGUCGAGCACAGCGGAAACAUGAAAUAAUAAUACAAGGUAACUUCAAAGCUUUUAAAACGUACAGCGACACGUACAUUAUAAAUUCUGUUUAUUCGUAUGUUUCGUUUCUUCUAGCUACAGCCUAUAUUGCCAUCAUAUUAUGCACCUUUAAAUAUAUUCUCUUGCGAACAAGGUUUUAACAGAAUAUUAAAGAAGCUAAGAACAAGAGAGAGAGAGAGAGUAAGAGAGUGAUCGGGUAAGAACGUACUACUACCUAAGCGAACAUUUAAGAAUUCUUAUUCAGUAGCAAAGCUAUGAAUUUCUUUGACACACAAUAUUUUAAAGUUAAUAAGUUCUACCUGUCUUCGAUCGGUUUGUGGCCAUAUCAAACGCCCGUUAUGAAAUUUCUAACUCUAUCAUUUGGCAUAAUCGGCGUUACGAUAAUGUUCGUACCGCAGAUUAUAUAUAUGUUCACGCACACGAAUGAACUGGAUCACAUGUUAGAACUCAUGGGAACACUAGCUGGCGCAGUAAUGUGUAUGGCGAAAGUCAAAAGCUUGACUCAUAAUUCCGAACUGGUAAGCAUGAAUGCCGCAUCGGAUCGGCUUGUUUUGAAUAAGCGUCGCUUCAGUUUAAGGAGAUUCUGCAACAUACGCAAGAUGAUUGGAACAAUCUGUCGACGAGUGAAGAAACGCAAAUUUUAACACAAUACGCUGAAAAGAGUCGAAAACUCACGUUGGCGUAUUCAAGUACGAAUUCAAUUUCGCACCGACGAAUAUCACUGCCGUAAACAUAUUUGUACUCUGCUUUGCUUUGCUACCUCUGACCGCACCUAUAUUAGACUGUAUCUCACCCUUGAAUGAAAC